AUGGACGGCAACCCAAGGGAACACUGCAAUGCUAUCAUCUUAAGGAAUGGUAAAGUAGUUGAAGAACGCAAGCCUAAAGAGGUUGUGGUGCCUACAUCGGAUCCCAUCCUUCAGGGGAAAAGCAGACUCAAGAGCAGAAAACUGAGGUCUUCAAGAAAAUCCACAUCAACAUUCCCUUUUGCAAAAGCCUUGACCCAAAUGUCUAACUAUGUCAAGUUCUCAAAGGAGGUGAUGUCAAAGAAGAGAAAUUUGGAGGAGUUCGAGACUGUUAAGCUAACAGAGGAGUGUAGCACCAUACUUCAGAAGAAACUCCCUCACAAAUUGAAAGAUCCGGGUAGCUUCAACAUCCUGUGCAAUAUUGGUGGUAUCACAUUUGAUAGGACACUGUACAGAUCGAUUACAUAUCCCAAGGGCAUUAUUGAAGAUUUGUUAGUGAAGGUUGAUAAGUUCAUCUUUUCGGUGGACUUUGUGGUAUUGGACAAGGAGGAGGAUGAAAAAGUACUGUUGAUUCUUUGUCGACUUUUCCUGGCUAUUAGAAGAGCAUUGAUUGAUUGCAAGGAGGGAAGUUGA